UAAACUCGCUCUGCUCUGUUAAUUCUUUGCACAAGUACUGUUAAUUUUUACUUGUUGUUCUAAGGCAUAUUUAGUGUAGUUUGUUUUUUCAAUAAAUUGAAGUUACUGUAAAAGAAAAGAUUGUUUCGGAGGCAGCAGCAACUGUUGUUACAAACUAAAAAUGUCGUCCGACGAUUCCGAUUCCGAACCGCUAUCCGUAAACACAACAAAAAACGAUAUAUAUCCGGUUAAAUCAAAAGAUCGUUAUAUUUACGCGUACGAAAACUUUCUCACUUGGCGAAAAGAUAAGAAUACAGAUUCAUUGAAUGAGGAUAUAAUGUUAUCUUAUUUUGAAGAGAUGUCGGCUAAAUACAAGCCUUCUACGUUGUGGGCCAUGUAUUCCAUGCUGAAAUGUGGUUUGAAACGCAACCAUGAUAUAUGUAUGGAGAAUUAUCGGCGGGUCGUGGCGCUGUUGAGGAACUUGAAUAAGGGAUAUGUUUGUAAGAAGCUGAAGGCGCUCUCAAUUGAGAAUGUUGAGAAGUUUAUAGAUGAGGCUCCAGAUGACAAGUAUCUUGCGACAAAGGUAGCCCUAAUCCUUGGAGUCACCGGAGGCCUGAGACGGCAAGAGCUAUCAUUGCUCACAACAAGCCACAUAGAAAACCAUGGAGAACUAUUCAUCAUAAAAAUACCUCACACCAAAAACAAGUUACAAGACUCUUUUGUAGUCCCGGGGAAAUAUUAUAAAACAGUUAAAAAAUAUAAAGACUUACGUGUAGCUUCGGCUCCAAGUAAUCGCUUUUUCCAAGCGUAUAGAGACGGUAAAUGCCGCGCUCAAGUGAUCGGGAAAAAUAAAUUUGGUAAGAUGCCUAAAGAGAUAGCAGAGUUUUUGAAGUUGCCGGACGCCAAGUCUUACACGGGGCAUACUUUACGUGCGGGGUCGCGGGUGCCUGUGUGUGUGGGUGCUUCGGAUAAAACUGAGCGGUGUGCGGGUGAACCAUUUGUUAAUGAUUCGGACUCCAGCACGCGAACGCAGCCAGAGCCGUCGCCUCCAGAGACGAACAGAGGCGAGCAGUGCCGUUUCUGCGGGGACUUCAAGGAAUGCUCCCCGGUCGCUCAGAAACCAUAUGUCAUCGGCAACAAGACUACACUGGCACUCAAUCAUUUACGAGUCGAACUGGACUUCAGCAUAGACUCUCUCCCGAAAACCGUCUGCCGCGACUGCGACGCGAAGCUUCUAGAAACCUUUGAAUUCAUCAAACAAGUCAACACUGCACAAUUCUCAGUUGUCACCGUCUGCCCAAACAAUGCUACAAAUGCACACAGUUCGGCCCGAAAUCGCACCGACUUUCAACACAUAGAAAUUGAUACUCAAAUAGUCAAAGCUGAAUAUGAUUCGACGGAUGAAGAUUCACGUGAAAGUAAAGUUGAGAUUCAUGAAGAUUCAUUAACUUUCGGUGAAACAAUAUACUUGAGAGAAACUCACAAGAGGAAACAUGAAGUGGAUGAUAAAAAGCUGAAGAAAGUGAAAAAAGAGAAAAGUGAAAAAAUUGUAAAUACUGAAUUAAUAAUUGACAUAAAAGAAGAAAGGAUUGACAAUGAUGAUGGAAAUAGUGAAGAUAGCGUUGAAUUCAGUGAUACGGGGACUGAUGUGAAACCUAGUGAGUUAGAACUUGCAGAAAGUUCUGUUGAGUAUCAAAACGACAAGCAGACAUUUAGUGAUACACAUGUUAAAGGCUAAAAGUCUAGUGGUGAAGAGUGUAUUGCCUAAAAUUAACAUAAUAAGA